AUGGGUAUCGCUCGCGACUCGCGCCACAAGCGCUCUCACACCGGUGCCCGCCGUGCCCACUACCGCAAGAAGCGUGCCUUCGAGCUCGGUCGCCAGGCCUCCAACACCCGUAUCGGAGCCAAGCGUGUCCACUCGACCCGUGUCCGCGGCGGUAACAUCAAGUACCGUGCUCUCCGCCUCGAGACGGGCAACUUCUCGUGGGGAUCCGAGACCAUCACCGCAAAGUCCCGUAUUCUCGGCGUAGUCUACAACGCCUCGAACAACGAGCUUGUCCGCACCAACACCCUCGUCAAGGGUGCCGUCAUCCAGGUCGACGCUACUCCCUUCCGUCAGGCUUACGAGAAGCACUACGGCAAGCCCGUCACCACCAAGCGUCGCGCUGCCGGUGCUGGCGCCGCAGAGGCAGAGCAGGACGCCGAGGCAAAGAAGAGCCGUGCCGUCGUCAAGAAGCUCGACGCUCGCAAGGAGUCUAGCAAGAUUGACCCCCUCGUUGAGCAGCAGUUCGGCGCUGGUAGGCUGUACGCUGUCAUUGCCAGCCGACCGGGACAGAGCGGCAGGGCGGACGGUUACAUUCUCGAGGGAUCCGAGCUUGAGUUCUACGUCCGUCGUCUCCGUGCCCGCCACACCAGCAAGGCUUAA